UUCUCUUAGUGGCAACUCUGCAUCUCUAACAUUGACGUGUCUUGUGUAGAUAUCAACGAUUUACUGAAAAUCAAGUAAAUUUUACUGGAAUUGUGUGAAAAAUUGAGUUUUUCAUCCAUUUUUCAUAAUUCGGUCGCAAUAUUAGACCGUACUACACAAUUCCGAACAAAAAUAGCGACUGAAAAUGAUUAGUAAAUCAUUGUUAUUUUUGGCUGUGGCCUUCGUAUUAUGCGUCAUACCCACGUCCUGGGCGGCACGUACGGUUGACAGUCAUUUAUCAUCGUCGGACCUACAACGUUUCCAAAAUGUAUUCUCGGCAGCGUUCUCGUCGAAUGAUUUGCAAUCUAUUUACUAUGCCACACUCAAUAUUGAGCCCACCAAAUCCGAGGAAAAGAAAGAGCUAUGUCAAAAACUCAACAAAUUCUACCAAGAAUCAAAAUUGAAUGAAUUUGAGAAAGAUUUCUAUUUGGUUGGAAUUACAAAAAAUCUAAAGUGCACAGAAAAAUUGCCGGAACAACAGCUUUCAAAAAUCUAUGCCGCUUUCAAGAGUCCCGUCAGUUCGGCUCAAGAAGUAUUUUACCGCGUAGCCACACACAAGUAUUUGGGUGUGGAAAUCGAUGAAACAACCAAGGCAAAAAUUGUUAAGAACUUGCAAGAUAUUUUGAAAAAAGAUGAUACUCUAACAAAUUUGGGUUAUGCCUUUAACGUUGCUACCGAACUGGGUCCCUCUGCAUCCUUUAUUGCUGACCGCAUUGAAGACGCCAUUGUGCAAGCUGAUGAAGUUGAUGGCAAGCUGUUACAAUUCGAAGGUGGGCUAUCUAUUACCUCGUUGAUAAUUAAUGGUGCAUUCAAGGCAUCUAAAACUUUUGGAAAAUCCCUGCCUAUCGAUGCUACUCAGGCCGUCAAAUUCGCCAACUACUUCCUAUCCCGUCGUUCAGUUCAAACUGCCAAGGGUGCCCAUGUUCUAAUCGAAGCAUUGAAGACGCUCUCUUCAGCAUCCAGCAAAGUAUCUCCAAUCUGUAUUCAAUUGAUAGGAAAUGGCCAACUCGUUGCCGAGUCACCCGUACUCACUGUUGCUGUGGUUGAUCUCUUGGGCAAGCCUUUGAGUCCAGCUCCUCAAAACGUUGUUGGCAAAGUUUUUGCGAAGAAAGACAAUUCAGUUUUAGCCGACAAAAUCGCAUUUACUUCUAAAUCUUCUGACAAGACCACAUAUGUUGCAAACCUUGCAACUUACAAGCCUAGUCGUGCUUUGUAUGUAGCCGAAAUUUCUGCCGACUCAACCUACACCCAAAAGUUCAACUUUAAAGUUCUUGGAAAAGUUAAGGUUCAACAAUUGGAAAUUGGUGUAGGUGAAUUAGAUGCAAGUUCGGCCAUUAAAAAACAACCAGUCUCUUAUCCACAAAAGUUGAAGGAACAAUUGUCAGGCGAUCAUACCCAGAAAGUUCUAUUGAAAACCACUUUGGUUGAAGAAAGUCAAGCUACCAAGCCCAUAACUGUUCAUCAGGCUUUUGUCCGCUUCUAUAAUGAAAAAGAAGAUAAGGAAAUAAUUUACAUCGCCGAGCAGGAUAGCUCUAAAGCUUACAAAUUCGACAUGGACAUUGGUGCAAGGGCUGGAGAUUUCAAUUAUGUCUCAGGAGUCUAUCAAAUUUAUUUGAUUGUGGGUGACGCAUCAAUUUCAAAUUCAUUCCAAUGGUUGGUUGCAGAUAUUGAGCUGAAAUUCCCUGCCGCAUCAAAAACAGAAGAAAGGAAACAAGUUGUACGCGCACCCUUGCCCGAAAUCGAACAUCAAUUCCGUGUGCCUGACAAGCGUCCGUCUCGCAUUGUAUCCGAUGUCUUCACCGGUCUAUGUUUAACUCCACUGGUGUUGCUUUUGGUAUUCUGGUCUAAAUUGGGCAUAAAUAUUGGCAAUUUUAAUUGGCAGCCCAGCGCCAUUGGUUUCCAUCUAGGCUUUGGUGGAAUUUUGGUUUUGUUUGCCGUAUUUUGGUUCAAAUUGAAUAUGUUCCAAACAUUGCGUUGCCUUAUUCCCAUUGCAAUAUUCACAUUCCUGUGCGGUAACCGUCUAUUACGUCGUCUGUACGCCCAACGUAUGGCCAAAAUUCCAGCAUCAUCAUCGUCGGUCUCAGCGUCAUCGUAAAACGAGGCACAUUACAUUCUAAACUUAACUCGUGACUAAAAAAUUAGAGAAGCAGAAGAAGAAUAUAUAAGAUUUUAAAUGUUACAUAUUUGUGGUACACUACUCCUUGCCCUCGACCAAGCCGUUGUAUAGUUGUAUGGUCAAUGAUAUUAGCAUGGACAAAUGAUAUUAUCAUGAGUCUAUGAUAUUAGAAGGGCGUUUUGAAAUCGAAAAGCACAUUUAUUUAUAUCCUUUCUAUAUAUUGUAAGCAAUUUUAUGUGUUCUAAUUUAAUGCAGAAAUGUGUUUUGCACAAGAUGUACAUUUCGGCGUUCUUCUUUUUUUCCAUUUAGGGAGUACUGAAGUAAACAAUAAAAUAAAACAUUUUUAAAAUUUAAA